GCAGGACAACGACGGAAGGAGGACGGCUGGGGAGUCGCAGCCCGGGAUUGUAAAUAAGACCGCUGAAACUGUGUUUUAUUUACAAAAGUGAUGCCGGCUGUUUUAAAUUAUCGUUCCCAGUUGUUUUAAGUCGUUUUUCGUAAUUUUUGGCUCUGUCUCUCUCGCCUAUUUCCGUGUGGUUUUUACACUACGCGUAUAAUGGCGAGCUCGGCUAACUCGAACCCAGUGCCUAAACUAUACAAGUCUGUGAUUGAGGAUGUGAUCAAUGAGGUACGAGAGCUGUUCCUGGACGAAGGAGUGGACGAGCAAGUUCUUUUGGAGCUGAAAACGCUAUGGGAGAACAAACUGUUGCAGUCCAAGGCAGUGGAGGGCUUCCAUACUGAGGAGCAGGCAGCCUUGCAGGCCGCUCAGCAGCAGCAGCAGCACGUUCAGCAGGUCCAACAGGUCCAGCAGGUCCAGCAGGUGACCCAACCCGCACAGGCCCAGCAAGUCAUCCUGCCUCCCCAGCAACAGCAAGCUCCCCAGCAGCAAGUCAUUGUUCAGGAUUCAAAGAUUCUACAGCACAUGAGUGCAACGGGGAUGAGUGCAGCAGCUACCGCAGCAACCCUUGCUUUGCCCACAGGGGUCACCCCAUACCAACAGCUCAUCACCAGCCAAGGUCAGAUCCUGCAAGUGGUUCGUGCUGCCAAUGGGGCUCAGUACCUCAUCCAGCAGCCUCAGCAGCAGAUCCUCCUGCAGCAGCAGAUGCAGCCUGGUGGUGUGCAGGCACCGGUCAUACAACAGGUUCUGGCUCCUCUGCAGGGAGGCCUGCCCCAGCAAACAGGAGUCAUCAUACAGCCGCAGCAGAUCGUCUUAGCUCCAGGAAACAAAGUCCAAGGAAAUGCACAGGUGAUGCAGGCGAUGGCGCCACAACCGGGUCAGGCGGCAACAGCAGCUCAGGUGCAGCAGGUUCAGCAGGCCCAGGGUGCAGCUGCACCACAGGCCCCACCGCAGGCCCAGCAGCAGGCCCAGCCCCAGGCUCAGCCGCAGCCGCAGCCUCAGCCUCAGGCUCAGCCUCAGGCUCAAGCACAGCAGCCUCCCAUGAUGCUGCAGGUGGACGGAGCCGGAGACACCUCCUCAGAAGAGGACGAGGAUGAGGAUGAGGAGUAUGAUGAAGACGAUGAGGAGGAGAAAGACAAGGAUGGCGGAGAGGACGGGCAAGUUGAAGAGGAGCCACUGAACAGCGAAGACGACGUCAGCGACGAGGAGGACCAGGAGCUGUUUGAUACAGAGAACGUAGUGGUGUGCCAGUACGACAAGAUUCACAGAAGUAAGAACAAAUGGAAAUUCCACCUGAAGGACGGGAUCAUGAAUCUGAACGGGAGAGACUAUGUCUUCUCCAAAGCCAUCGGGGAUGCCGAGUGGUGAAGUAGAAGCAACAGGAGCAGGAACUCUGUAACUCCUUCUAUCCAGUUAACAGACACUUCAGCGUCCUUCCAUAUCCUGUGACUGGAUUCAUUCAGGAAACUACUUCUGAGUCUCUGAGAACUCUGACAAACCCAAAGGACUGUGAGGUACUGUAAAAACCCCGGGUGUCGACAAAAACACUCGACUUAGCCUUGCGGGAUGAGAAACCUACAGGGGAAGGGAAAGCCCGUGAACAGAGCAUUGUCUCUCUUUGUUUUUUGUUUUUUCUUCUUCUUCUUCUUCCAGGCUUCUCUGCCUUUUUUUUCCUGAGAGAAUUCACAUACUUUGGAAAGUAAGCAUUUCACAUCAUGCAGAUGUAGUGGACCAGGGUGACCUGACCUGACCUUCCCUGCCACAGGAGCUCAGCGGUCAUUCAUUAUAACCCCGUAGAUGACAAACACCUUUAUGAUGCACUGUAGUCGGUCGACUGGAUUGACUCGUGUCUACGUUGAAGUCCAAACUUAGUGCCACCAGUCAAGAUCGCUGCCUUUAGAAUGACCAGAAUCACCUUUUUCGCUUCUAAGUUUUGUUCUCGGAUCAUAAUUCUGUCUGAUUUCGUGUUUAUAAAAAUGGUGCUCCAGAGUGUUUUAUGUAGUUAACCUAUGAUUGUUUUAAACAUUUUUUAAAAUGUGUUUAAUGAAGGUUUAAGAAAAAGAAGGUAAAACAUUAAUCCUAAAAUAAAUAAUAGUCACAUAAAGGCUUUUUCUUUUUUUUCUUUUUUUUUAAUCGUCUAAGCAGCGCCGAAUCCAAAAAUACUGUUGUUUUUCCCCCUCAUUGGCUUCACUGGAGCUUCAUUCCAUCUUUAUCCUAAAAAUUCAAAAAAAAAAACAAAAAAAAAAGACACUGAAUUCAUUUAAGAAUUGUACAAAAAUGUCCUGUUGGUGUUUCUCCUUUACUCUUAUUUUAGUUCUCUGCAGCAGCCGUCUGAAAAUUUGCACUGUCAGUUUAUCAAUGUGUUGUGAAGUCAGUCAGUCCAGCUAAUCAGUAGCCACAGCAUUCUCUGUUCUGUGUGUGUGCGCGUGACAAUGACUGACUGUACAGGCACAAGCGAGUGUGUGUUUGCCGUCACCGCUUUCCCCCCCCCGGAAAUGUAUUAGUUUAUGUCUUUUGCACACCCCAUAAUCUCAAAAUGUCACAGUUAAAACAGAACAGCGAGGGUGGUGUCUUUUUUUUUUUUUUUUUCCUCCCUUCUUCUUCUUCUUCUUCUAUUUAUUCCUGAAAGUUCAUAAAAUGUUCUAUUUUUUGAAAGGUUGGAAAGCCGCACCAAACUGUGCUCUUAUAAUCUAAUAAGUGUUCCUUUUUUUUUCUUUUUCGUUUCUUUUCUUCUUCUUCUGUUGGCUGGACAAAAAAAAAAAAAAAACAAGCUUCAUAAAUAAUGCUGUGUUCCAAAUCAUUUCGUCCACCGUAUGUUCUCCUGUGCUUUCAUUUUAUUCAUGAAUUUUAAAACGAGAAUAUUUUCUAUCCAAGUGAGUUUAACUCAAAAAAACAAGGGGGCCUGUGUGUUUCUCUGCUGUUUGUUUUUAGUGCCCCUGUUGCAGCAGUUUGAAAUAAAGUUAUACGUGUUUUUUGACUGUUGUGUCGAUUUGGUUGUUGGUUGGCUCUGUAGAGUAGGACGUUUUUGUUUUUUUUAAAGAAAUCACAUUAACACGAAGAAAGCACUGGUGCGGGACCGGAAAUAGAAACAAGAAGUGACAAAUAAUUUUCUUUUUCUUCACAUUUUCACCCAGUGAAGUGUCCGUAAAUAAGGCAGACAGUAGCCAUUUGCACCAAAUGAAGGGUUUCCAGUACGUUUGAAGAAAAGAAUUAUUUCUCUCGCAACUCUUGGCUUUCAGGACACAGCAUUCAGUAGCUCUCCGUGGUGGUUCGUCACUAAAAAAUCCAACUUGCUCAUAGCCCACUGAUUUCUUUUGCUAAUUUCCAUAUCUCUGGAUGUCGCGUGUGCCUUUUUGAACUUUGGUUCAGUUGUUUUUUUUUGGAGGGGGGGGAAUUCACAAAUGAUGGAAAGAAACGGAUGUCUAUUAAAAUGUAUUCUCUGCUUUCUAAUUGUUUUUGUCGUGUGUUCUAACUGCUGUUGAGAUAAUUAAGGAAAUGUAUUGUUCAUAUUAUUCAUUUAAUUUUUCUUAAAUUAAAUCAAGUUUGGAAAAAAAA